CUUAUAUUAAUGAGACUCCCAUUUUGAGGUUCAGAUUCAGAAACCCACUUUCAAUUUGGACACUUCUCAAGUUUUCUCCUUCUCUCUCCUUAUCUUUCACACUUAAAUAAUCAAGAAAAUGCCCUUUAAAAAGUUGCCUUUUUUACCCAUAUGACUAACUUUGUACUGAGCAAUCAAUGCUAACCCUUCACCCCUUUUCUUAGCUCUACUCUUUCUUUACAAGAAUACAUCCAUAUGUAUUUAUGGACUACUGUACUAUUUUAUCACUUUGUUUUUUUACAUACAUUUUGCUCAUAAUAAAUGUAUAAAUGCCAAACCCCCAUUUUGUUCCUUCCUCUUCUUGAUUCAUUUUUGGGGUUCUCACUUUCUCUUUCUCUUGACCACUAAUGGCACCUAGUUCUUGAAUCACUGAAAGUUGGAUGCUUUUGUUGGAUUAAGGAAAGCUACUUUGGCUGUGAAUCUCAAUAGGGUUUCAAAGGAUUGAUUUUUUUUUCCAUCUGUUUGAGUGGUUUUGUGGGAUUUUGAGUUCUAUUAUACUUGUAUGAUUGAACCCUUCUUGGAGAACCAACUUCUCACCCUUUUAAGUGAAAGUUGUUAGCUGUAAUUUUCUUUCUUAAUCUGGAAAUUUGGGAGAAAGAGAGAAAACCCUUUUGCUAGAUUUCCUUUGUUAAAUCUUGAAAGUUCUUCAAUUUGGUAUCUUUUUUCUGGUAAUGCUAAGCGAAGAUUUGGGGAAUGGCUACUUUGGUACCUGGUGUUCUAUUAAAGCUUCUUCAGCAUAUGAACACAGAUGUGAAAGUUGCCGGUGAGCACAGGUCAUCUCUGUUGCAAGUGGUUAGCAUUGUGCCAGCAUUAGCAGGUGGGGAGCUCUUUCCCAACCAAGGGUUCUACCUAAAGGUAUCAGAUUCUUCUCAUGCCACUUAUGUAUCUUUGCCUGAUGAACAUGAUGAUCUUAUUCUUAGUGAUAAGAUUCAAUUGGGUCAGUUCAUUCAUGUUGAGAGGCUUGAAGCUGCUUCACCUGUGCCUAUUCUUAGGGGUGUUAGGCCCGUCCCUGGCCGACACCCUUGUGUUGGAACUCCUGAAGAUAUAGUAGCAACUCAUUCUUUAGGCUUCCUCAAUAACAAUGGUAAUCUGUCUCCUGGUUCAAAAUCACGAGAUAAAACUAAGUCUCCUUCAAAAGCAUUAGGCAACAAUCAUGCGGGGGUGAAAGACAAUAAAUCUGCAGUUUCUAGAUCAAAUGGUGGUGCCAAAGAGGAAAAACUGGAAAAGAAGAAGCCUACUUUGACUUGGUCGAAGUCUCACUUGUCGAAGUUAGCAUUAAAUGUAGUGGAGAAGAAGGAUACUCUAAUGAGAGUAAAAUCUUCCAGCUCAAGAUCAAUACCCACAUCUCCUACAAGUUGUUAUUCAUUACCAACUUCUUUUGAGAAGUUCUCAAAUGGGGUUAAGCAACAAGCAAAGGUUAAGGGCUUGGAACGACUAGAGAAAGCAACAGCUAAACCUGGAUUGGAGAAGUCAAGUUCUGUUCGUGGGGCAAGUCCAACACCGAAGAGAGUGCUGGGUGGGAAUCCAUUGAAGAAUUAUCUUCAAGGGCUUGAAUUGGAGCCUAAGGCCUUGAGGAAGAGCUGGGAAGGGAAUAUGGAUUUGAAGAGCAGAGAUAGUCCCAGGUUGAGGGUCAACAAGCAUGAUUUGAAGCCUGAACCGAGGAGCACUUCUGUUCCAAGAAAAUCAACCAGUGAGAAAUUGACAAGUAAAGAAGAUAACCGGUGUAUACUCGCAAAAUCAUCCAAAGAGGAAAAUAAGGUUCAUACAUCCUUAAAGAAGACUUCCACAAAUGGAGAGCCUGUUGAUGCUGAUAAAUCAAGUAAGCAGAAAAUAUCCAAGGGAAGAAAGCUACCCGGGGAGGUCAAUAAUGGCUUAGAAGACUUGGUCAAAGUUGCUGUCAGUAAUAGAAUUUUAGCGGAUGGAAAUGUUGCCUGGUCAUCACUCCCAUCUUCUCUCACAAAGAUUGGAAAGGAAGUCAUGAAGCACAGAGAUGCUGCACAGAUAGCAGCCAUUGAGGCUAUGCAGGUGGCUUCGGCUACUGAAAGCUUACUCAGAUGUCUAAGCACAUAUUCUGAGUUGAGCUCCUCGGCAAAGGAAGAUAACGCACAGCCUGCUGUUGAGCAAUUCUUGGCACUGCAUGCAAGUUUGAAGAAUGUUCACCUUGUUGGUGAUGCUUUAUCCAAGACCAUAUCAGCUGCUGGUUCAGAAUCAGAUCAUGAAGAAAACCCAUCUGAAGAAGCACUUAAGGCUGUAUCGGAAAAACGGAAGCAAGCAACUCUAUGGGUCAAUGCUGCGUUGGCUACCAAUCUGUCAUCAUUCUCAGUGUAUAGCAAAAAAGCAACUUCAACUCCAAUUGCCCCUUCAGCUCCCUCGUCAACCCCAAAGACUAUCACUCUCAAUCAACCUAUGCUAGUCCUUGACAACUCAACCAAAAAUGCACUUGCAAAACCUCAAGCCAAACCCCGUCCAACAAUAAGUUCUAAGAUUCAGUCAUCAGGAUCUCAACGGCGCUUAACAGAUGGGGUAGCUGCUAAUCAGAAGCCAAAAUCUCCCCCUCCAGCGGAUUGGAUCAGAGGAGAUGGUCUCGAAGAGGCUGUUGACUUAGCCGAGAUGUUACGAGUAGCAUCCCAAGACUGGUUCUUAGGAUUUGUAGAAAGGUUCUUGGAUGCUGACGUGGAUGCCUCAGCUUUAUCAGAUAAUGGUCAAAUAGCUGGCAUGUUAUCCCAGCUGAAGAGUGUGAACGACUGGUUAGAUGAGAUUUCCUCUAGCAAGGAUGAUGAAAGUCCCCAAAUUGCUUCUGAGACCAUCGAUAGGAUAAGAAAGAAGAUCUAUGAAUAUCUUCUCACUCAUGUGGAGUCUGCUGCAGCAGCUCUUGGUGGUGGUGGUGGUGGCGGCGGCGGUGGCUCGCAAGUGUCACCUACAAUAGAACCCAAAACAAGAAAAUGAGUUUGAUUGCAUAAUGCAUACUACUAGCAACUCACCUUUCAUUUGUGAAGCAUGCUCCAAUAGCCCUUCAACCGCCAAGUGGUUAAAAGAGCUGAAAGUUUUAGGAUGUGUAUAGAUUCUAAAAUUGGUUGAGGUAGAGUAGUUUAGUAUAUAUAUUGUGCAGACAGGGAGUUACAUGAAGUUCAAGAUUUCCUUUCUUCUUUACGUGGAAACUUUUUCUCAUAAAUUAUGAAUAGCUCAAAGUCUCGAGUAUAUACUGAUGUGAGUUCUGGAGAAAAGGGAACAUGUCCUUUCUCCUUACCUUGAACGAGUGACAAUGAACUUGUUACUGAAAUUAACAUUAUAGUUGAUUAUG